AUGGCAUCAUCAAGUGCAGCGAAACGCUCAUUAGAAGAAGGCGAAAAUUCGACUUCCAAAUAUGCAAAAAGUGGAAGUAGUGAGAGUUUUCAUGGUACAUGUUAUCAUAUAAAACUCAUGAUGUUGUUAAUUGUUCGUGCAUACAAUGAGAAACGAGAAUUUGAAAUUGCCUGUGAAUGGAAGCAAGCAGGAAAAUUGGACGACAUCGUUUAUAAGUACUUCAAAUUACCUAACGAGAAAUUUAUAUUAUUUCUGCAAGCAAAACACAAGAAAGGGAAUAAAGAAAUCGAAUUCAAAAAUUUGGAAAAUGGAGAAUAUGAUCUGAUCAAAUACUUCAAAUCCUACAAAAAUAUUAUACAAUGCAGCGAGUUUAGAAAUUGUGAAAUUCAGGAGUUAGUCAUAUCAACAAAUUUGACAUUACGAAAUGAUUUAAUACGCCUAUGUGAAGACGCCAAUGAUAUCAACGAUCUCAGAAAUGACAUAAAAAUUCAUAAAUUGAGAAAUGUUGAUGAUUAUCCAAAUAUUGAAAAUCUUGUAAAAAUUAAAACUAAACUGUUGGAGUAUGAUGAAUUGCGUGAUAUUGCAAAUGAAUUGGCAUCAAAAGUUGGGAAAAAAGAGAAAAUUGCAAAAAACAAUGAACUUUUACACACAUUCUCUAAGCCAUUGAAGAAGUAUGUGUUGGAUAUUUCUGGAAAUGUUGGUAAAUUUCGGGAUGAUUUUAUUACAAGUGAAAAUGAAGUUCUUAUGAAAUUACGAGAUUAUUUCAUAGAGAAGGCAAAACUAAAUGACCUAAACGAAAUAAGGUUUAUAAUAAUGAAUGACUUUGAGAAGGAAGAAAAAUGCUCUUGUUCAAAUCAUGAAGAAGAAUUUCCUAUUCCUUCCAGUGAUGAAACAUUUUUAACUAAAAGAACUCCAUUAGUAGAGGAUUUUUUAAAAAAGUUUAGAUUUUAUUUAACACCAAAUGAAGACAAAUUUGAAAAUAUUCUCAAAAAUGAGCUUGAAAAAAUUGAUAUAUUCAGAAACAAUAAGAUCAAAAAUAUUGAAAAUGUUUAUUGCAGAUUCCAUAAAAAUAUUUUGGAAUGGUUCAAAUCGGUGGAUAAUGAGGGUAAAGCUGAGAAAAAGAAUUUGAAACAAAUUGCCGACUUCUUUGAAAAACUAAGCGCAGAGUGCUGA